AUGGUUCCAUCCAUUCAACCAAGCUCAAGUGCCCCAUUGGUUUCACCAACUACACCAGACACGCCAGACGCACCAGACGCACCGGUGGUUGUCACAAUUGACCAACUUCGCUUAGGAAUUGAUGACUCAGUGCUUACUUCGGCAUUUGGUCCCGAUUCUCUUGGGGUAAUUCUCGUAAACACCACUGGUUCUAACGAGUUCCUUACAUUGCGCAACAGAGUUCUCUCCAAAGCGAGCGUAUUGGCAAAUUUAUCACAAGAACAUUUGUCGCGAUUGGAAUGCAAGGAAGCGAUGUGGCUUAUCGGUUGGUCAUGUGGCAAGGAAAAACUUGCCAAUUCAGGAAAAGCUGAUGAUAGAAAAGGAUCAUUUUAUAUCAAUUGUGCUUUCCAUAAUGACCUGGAGUUGGAAGGACCCAGAGAUGAGAUUGUGCAAAAGUACGCGAAACACAAGGCAUACACAGCAAAGAACAUGUGGCCCGAUGAACGUGUUGAAGAUGGUGAAUUAGAAGGCUUUAAAACAGAUUGUAAGAAAUUGAUCAAUUACAUCAUUGAUGUGGCUGAACUUGUAGCGGAAAAUUGUGAUCGAUAUAUUGCAGGGAUCUACGAAAAUUAUGAACAGGGAUAUUUGAAACGAAUUGUGAAAGAAUCUACAUGUACAAAAGCUAGAUUGUUGCAUUACUUUCCAAACACUGAUUGUGGUACGGGCAAUAAAACCAGCGAUAACAACACCAAUACUAAAAAUAACGAUGACGAUGAUUGGUGUGGAGAGCACCUCGACCAUUCUUGUCUAACUGGAUUGACUUCUGCUUUAUUUAUAGAUGAGUCGCAGGGCUUGACGCACGCCUUGGAUUCGUCUCCUGACCCUGAGGCUGGAUUGUAUAUCAAAAGCAGAUUAGGUAAUGUGGUCAAAGUCAACUUACCAAAAGAUCACCUCGCGUUCCAAUCAGGAUCGGCUUUACAAGAAGUAUCCAAGGGCAAGUUCCGCGCUGUGCUGCACUACGUUAAAGGUACCAACAUUCCUCACAUUGCUAGAAACACAUUGGCGGUGUUUUGUCAACCCGAUUUGAAUGAAAUGAUUAAUGAAAAAGAAGAUUUUGCUGCCUACGCUGAUAGGAUACUUCAACAAAAUCAUUAA